CCCAAAAUACAGUUUCCAUCCACGACAGAGAGACACACACACAGAGGUCGCCGGCGGGAAUGGUUUGCUUCUGUUUUCUGAUCGACCAAAGGAGGAAGGUACGGCGGACGAAGCCGGUGGCUGGAACGUGCUCCCGCUGCGGACGGGGAGCUCGGGUGGCGGAAAUGGAAACCUCCACCACAUUUUGCCGGAUUCCCAUCCACUCCACCUUCUGGAAGGCCAUCAUUUGUUCCACUUGUGGCGCUCUUCUUAAAUCUUACAGAUAAAUCUUACACUUUCCCUCUUUCUUC